GGGAAGAGAGGUGCCGCACAAGAGCAAAGAAAGCAAGAGAAAGGAGAACUGUCCGCAGGGAGAACUUCCAAUGUGUUGGCCUUCUGGUGAGACUCAUAUCUCGCGUUAUACACAUUCCAAAGAGGCGUGAGAGGUGUCCACUGAAAGCUCUCGAAGAGAGGAAUCCAAUGGCGUGUGGUGUGAAGAAAACGGAUCAGGUUAAGGCCUCCAAAGCAUCCGAACAGAACGCAACUUCGCAGAAUACGUUUUUGGUAUUCAAAGGAGCGAAUUCGCCGGAAAACACCCGUUCUAGGGGCUGUUUUCGUGUCUUCAGUUAGGAGUUGAACAAGCACCUUGAAGAGGCUGUUUAACACCUAUUUAUAAUCAAGGAAUCAAUUCUCAAACCCCCUUGGCCGAAGCUUGAGCAUUGGGUUGAGAAGGAACAAAUUAAAGCUCAUUUGAGGUUGAGGCUAGAGCUUGCUACCUGUGCUUGUUGAUCGGGCGAUCAUCUCGGAGAGGAAGACUUGGUUCGUGCUUCCUCCAUUCUGAUUUUAAACAUUUUUAAAACAUGCUCAUGGAUAUUGUUUUUCAUUAUGGAGCAUGUGUGCUCGUGUUUGCCCCGUGUGGCACUUGUAUCCAAACUAUGAUUUUCGC